AUGUCUUUUAUAUACAAUAAAACACCGCUAUUACGUCAAACAUUUGAUAGUGCUAAGAUUGGUCCGAGGAUAUUCUUGAAAUAUGAAAAUCUUCAACCCAGCGGAAGCUUCAAAAGUAGAGGUAUUGGCUGCUUAAUUCUGCAACAUAUUAAUAAAUUAAAACAAGAUGGGAAUAAAACUGCACAUGUGUUUUCUAGUUCUGGUGGAAAUGCUGGUCUUGCUGCCGCUACAGCCUCUCGAAGCUUACAAGUUCCCUGUACAGUCGUUGUCCCAAAGUCGACGAAGGAGAGAAUGGUCAAUAAGAUCAGAAAAACAGGUGCUUCUGUUCUUAUUAAGGGUGAUCAUUGGAAAGAAGCAGAUGAUUUCUUAAGAAAAUCCAUGAAGGAAAUGGACAAUACUCAAGAGCAACCAAUUUAUGUUCAUCCUUUUGAUGACCCGGUUAUUUGGGAAGGUCAUUCAACUAUUAUCGAUGAAAUUGUCCAAACAUUACAGACUGAAAAGAUUUCCAUUGAAAAAGUGAAGGGUAUUAUAUGUAGUGUCGGUGGUGGUGGCCUUUUUAAUGGUAUUAUUAAGGGUUUAGAAAGACAUAAUUUAGCCCAAUCUAUUCCAGUUAUUGCCGUUGAAACCAAAGGAUGUGACGUACUUAAUAAAUCUUUAAAGAACGGAACCCCUGUGCAGCUGCCAAAGAUUACUAGUGUGGCCACUUCACUGGGUUCAACGUACAUUAGUUCAACUGCUUUUGAAAAUGCUAUGAAAUAUAAUUCUCGCUCUAUUACUCUUAAUGAUAAGGAUGUUCUGGAGACUUGCUUGAAAUAUAACGAUGAUUUCAGUAUGACUUUAGAACCGGCCUGUGGGGCAUCUGUUCAUUUAGCUUAUAAUCCAGGCAUUGUUGAAUCAGCUUUAGGGACAGCGUUAAGUAACCAUGAUAUUGUGAUAGUGGUUCUAUGUGGAGGUUCUUCAUGUACUCUCCAUGAUUUAGAAUCUUUGAAUUCAAAGCUGGUGUAG